AGGGACUGUCUCUGUUCCUCUACGUGGUGGGCCCGCCAUGUCGUCCCAAUCCGCUGAGGCGGCGGCGCUGAUAUCCGUAUUUGAGGUAAUCUAUCAAGCAAAUCUCUGCAUCGUCGCGUCUUCGGUCUUCUUGGUUUACGAUUAUGUCGUAACGUUCAGCCGCGAAGUCAACACAUUCCGGCCAGCGAGAUUAAGGGGUGCAUAUGCCCUGUUCUUUGUGAAUCGAUAUGUUACUCUAGUCUGGAAUAUGAUGGGCUUGGCUCAACUUGGAAAGUUUUCUGACAAGCUGUUGUGUACUGAUCUCAGGCAGAGCUGUCCCGCGUUCUACAAGGCAUUCGCGGGUAUAUCAUAUUUUCAAUACAUAAUCUGGGCCGCUUUCUCCGGGCUUCGGGCUUAUGCUUUGGGCAGGAAUAAAGUACUUGCCAUUCUUGUCUUCUUUCUCGCCACUGUCCCUGCAGGAAUCAACUAUGCACAGUUCCGUUUCGGCCUUAGGGGCGAUAACGACCCCACGUUCGGAUGCGGUGCUGACACGAACAUGACCCCCACGUUGGCGCGGAAUGGUGAUCGCCUCACGUACAUGUCUUAUCACAACGGACACUACCCUUCUUAUCUUGACAUGGACAACUCUGGGAAGAAGAGACAUCAUCUCUAG